AUGGCUUUGUAAAGAUAAGAAAGUGACAAUUAAAGUUAUCUUUCACUUCAGACUUAAGCUGAUGACGUAGAGAUAAUUAUAAAUGGUAACAGUACUUAAAGAUUACCUAAGGAAAUAUCUGAUUUACUUUAGUAAAGAAGCGAAAUUAAGCAAAAAAUGAAAAAAGAAUGUAAAAGUAAUUGUUGUGGAAAAGAAGAAUAUAUUUCAUUUGAUAACCAUAUAAACAUGCUAGAAGUGUCAUACUAUAAAUAAUUUAUUUGGCCUAUUUGUAAAGAAGGUCUUAAUUUAAACAUGUAAAUGCAUGAGACUUGCAAAAAGCUGUGGAAGUUGAAUUACAGAGAUUACCAAAACUAUUUAGAAGCUACUUACAUUUUUAUAUGA